CACCAAUAUAAUGAUUUUAUAUUUUCUGUUAACUGAUGCCACGUCGUUGGAAUGUAAAAGGUUUCUAACAGAAAAACCUGUAAUUCUUUGCAAUUUCUGCCCUCUCUCUCUCUCUCUUUCCAACUUCCUCUCAUUUCCUAAAACUUAAAGACAUCAAAACCCUUUUUACCUUCUUCCAACAACGUUUUGAAUCUUGUUCAAUUUCAACUUUCUUUUUUCUGCAACCCCUACAUUUCCCUCCCAUAUAUGUUAAUUUUUUUUUAUCAGAAUUUAUUCAGAAUAGGUUAUUUUCUGAAUGUGGGUUAUUAAGGAUUCAUCCUAAUUUUUCAUCAUUUACCCUUGAUUAGGUUUUCCAAGAUUGUAUUUUAUCAUUGCAGAAUUUUCGUAAUUGAAUCAUUCAAUAAAUUUCUGGGUUUGAUUUAGGGCAAUGCAAUGCUGAAUGCCCUAUUGUUAAAUUGUGCAUGUUUAUAGAAAUGAGGAAUUAGUAGAAAAAGGUGUUUGAUAUUGGAAAGAAAAACCCUGAACCCAUUUGGGGGAUGAGAAGAGAAAAGGGUAUUGAAAAUAGAUGAUGGUCUAUUAAUUAUAAAAAAAAAAUAGUGAGGUAAGAAUUGAGUUUAGUAUGAGAUGGGAAACAACUGCAUUUCAAGACUUGGGAAGGUUGGGUUUUGGUUUAAGCCACCAAAAGGGGUGAUUGGAGAGAGUGAAUCAAAAGGAAAAGAAAAGUCAUCAGAUGUGCAAUUUAAGGCACCUGAGGUAGUGAAGAUUGGGAGUAAAUUAGGAAGACAAGAGAGUCGAUUAAGUAGACAAGAGAGUCGAUUAGGAAGGCAGGAGAGCCGAGUAAAUAGGCAAGAGAGCCAGUUAGGGAAGCAAGAAAACAGAUUAGGAAGGCAAGAGAGCAGGUUGGGGAGGCAAGAGAGCAGGUUAGGAAGACAAGAAAGCCGAUUAACAAGGCAAGAGAGUCGAACCAUAAGCGUGAAUGUGAAUGUAGGAGAUCAAGAAAAGAACAAGAAGCAGCAGCAGCCGCCUGUAAAUAAUAAUAAUAAUAAUGUCAAGAGGGUGUCGAGUGCAGGGUUGCAAGUACACUCGGUUUUGAGAAGAAAAACUGGGAAUUUGAAGGAAUUUUACACCUUGGGGAAAAAACUUGGACAUGGGCAAUUUGGAACUACCUUUCUCUGUGUAGAGAAAACGAGUGGGAAUGAAUUUGCUUGCAAAUCAAUUGCGAAAAGGAAGCUUGUGAACAAGGAAGAUGUAGAUGAUGUGAGAAGGGAAAUCCAGAUUAUGCAUCAUUUGAAGGGCCAUCCUAAUGUGAUCACCAUUAAGGAUGCUUAUGAGGAUGGCGCGGCUGUUCAUGUUGUCAUGGAACUUUGUGCUGGAGGUGAGCUUUUCGAUAGAAUUGUCAAGAGAGGCCAUUACACCGAGAGGAAGGCAGCUUAUCUUGCCAGGAUCAUAGUUAGUGUUGUUGAAGCCUGCCACUCGUUAGGAGUCAUGCAUCGAGAUCUUAAGCCUGAGAAUUUUCUUUUUGUGAAUGAGAAGGAGGAAUCACCUCUUAAGACCAUUGACUUUGGGUUGUCCAUAUUUUUUAAGCCAGGGGAUGUCUUUAAUGACGUAGUUGGGAGUCCAUACUAUGUAGCACCUGAAGUAUUACGCAAGCGAUAUGGUCCAGAGGCUGAUGUUUGGAGUGCUGGAGUGAUCCUUUAUAUUCUUCUAAGUGGAGUGCCUCCAUUCUGGGCAGAAACUGAGGAAGAAAUAUUUGAAGAAGUUCUACAUGGUGAUCUUGAUUUUGAUUCUGACCCAUGGCCUAAUAUCUCGGAAGGUGCAAAAGACUUGGUCCGAAGAAUGCUUGUUAGAGACCCCAAGAAAAGAUUAACUGCACAUGAAGUUCUAUGCCACCCCUGGAUUAUGGCUGAUGGCUUGGCUCCUGACAAACCUCUUGAUCACUCAGUCAUAAGCCGAUUGACACAAUUCUGUGCCAUGAACAAACUUAAGAAAAUGGCCCUCAGAGUUAUAGCUGAGAGGCUUUCGGAAGAAGAAAUAGCAGGGCUCAAGGAGAUGUUCAAAAUGAUAGACACAGAUAAUAGUGGGCAAAUAACUUUUGAAGAACUUAAGAAUGGACUCAAAAGAUUUGGCGCUAACCUUGAAGAGUCUGAGAUUCACUAUCUUAUGCAAUCCGCAGAUGUUGAUAACAGCGGAACCAUUGAUUAUGGAGAAUUUAUCGCGGCUAUGCUGCAUCUCCACAGAGUUGACAAGGAAGAUCAUCUAUGUGCAGCUUUUGCCUACUUUGACAAAGAUGGAAGUGGAUACAUCACAAAAGAUGAACUACAACAAGCAUGUCGAGAAUUUGGGAUGGAGGAAAUUCAUGUUGAAGAAAUUAUUCAUGAGGCAGACCAAGAUAAAGAUGGUCGCAUAGAUUAUAACGAGUUUGUCGCAAUGAUGCAAAGAGGAAAUGUUGACUUGGGUAGAAGACAGAAACCUUCUAGUGCUGCGGCAAAGGAAGCACGUCAGUGAUGACGUAGAUGGGCGGAUAAUUUGGGUUGACGCCACAAAAGCUUGAAAGAAGCUGUUUUAUCCGAGUGGUUGGAGCACGGAAUUCAGGAGAGCCUUAGUUUUCUUCAAAAUCAAUGUCCUCAUUCUAGUUAGGAAGAAGCAACAGUUGGAUCAUAGGGGGCGUUCUCGAUGUGAGUUGAUUGAUAUAUGGGAUGAAAUUAGAUGCUGGUUGUCUCUGCUGCUUAAAGAAGCAAGUGCAAAACCCAAAACCUUCCUAGGCAGGAUUAAUGCUUCAUUCACAGGGUUGAACUAUUGCUUGUGUACGUGGGUGGAGUCGCACGAAACGAGAGCAUGGGAUUCUAACAGGUGCAAGAAGAUUGAAUCGGCAUCCACAUUUCAGCACUUUGGAUUAAGGCUUGGACAUUGUUGUUGUUCUCAUCCCCUUGGAACUUUGGACUAAACAUAGCUGAAGUAAAUUGUAAUCAGAAAUUCUUUAAUAGUAAUAUCUGCAGCUGGAUUUGUGUGAAAUGUAGAUUUUAAAAUGUAGAGGAAUGAGUAUAUUGAUAUGUAUGAGUAACAUCUUUUUAGAUUUUCUGAGGUGAUGAAAUGUAACAUUUACAAGUGGAAUGGUAGACUUCAAGCAUGUACAAAGGGAGAAACAUUAAUUUUCUAACAGUGAGAAAUAUCUUUUAAGCUGUUGUAAAAAGUUUAUAUGUGCAUAUGUGUCUUCUUUAGUAUUUCCAAUUUUAUCUAGGCCAGGUUUAUUAAACUCUCAUAA